AUGGUGAUGAUGAUGAUGAUGAUGAUGAUGAUGAUGAUGAUGAUGAUGAUGAUGAUGAUGAUGAUGAUGAUGAUGAUGAUGAUGAUGAUGAUGAUGAUGAUGAUGAUGAUGAUGAUGAUGAUGAUGAUGAUGAUGAUGAUGAUGAUGAUGAUGAUGAUGAUGAUGAUGAUGAUGAUGAUGAUGAUGAUGAUGAUGAUGAUGAUGAUGAUGAUGAUGAUGAUGAUGAUGAUGAUGAUGAUGAUGAUGAUGAUGAUGAUGAUGAUGAUGAUGAUGAUGAUGAUGAUGAUGAUGAUGAUGAUGAUGAUGAUGAUGAUGAUGAUGAUGAUGAUGAUGAUGAUGAUGAUGAUGAUGAUGAUGAUGAUGAUGAUGAUGAUGAUGAUGAUGAUGAUGAUGAUGAUGAUGAUGAUGAUGAUGAUGAUGAUGAUGAUGAUGAUGAUGAUGAUGAUGAUGAUGAUGAUGAUGAUGAUGAUGAUGAUGAUGAUGAUGAUGAUGAUGAUGAUGAUGAUGAUGAUGAUGAUGAUGAUGAUGAUGAUGAUGAUGAUGAUGAUGAUGAUGAUGAUGAUGAUGAUGAUGAUGAUGAUGAUGAUGAUGAUGAUGAUGAUGAUGAUGAUGAUGAUGAUGAUGAUGAUGAUGAUGAUGAUGAUGAUGAUGAUGAUGAUGAUGAUGAUGAUGAUGAUGAUGAUGAUGAUGAUGAUGAUGAUGAUGAUGAUGAUGAUGAUGAUGAUGAUGAUGAUGAUGAUGAUGAUGAUGAUGAUGAUGAUGAUGAUGAUGAUGAUGAUGAUGAUGAUGAUGAUAUGA